GUACGGAGAAGGAGUGACAAACAUUGAGCGUAUCAGUAUGGAAGAGAUUUGCGAAUGCCUUGAUAAAUUCGAUAGAACAGAAGCAUUCGAUCCGUAUGACGCAAUCAACGACAUGGUUAUUGGAAUUAUCAUAAUAGUUUCAAUGGGUGUGAAACUGAGCGCCAAUGAUCCGUUACACCAGAAGAUUAAACUGGCCGAAAAACGGUUCCCCCUUGCGUUCGGAGUUGAUACGUCAUAUCUCGACGUACUUCCUUGGUUAAGAAACCUCCCCAACAAGGCCACUCGAGGUUUCAAUGAUGCAAUCGACGCAUUGCGACAAAUGGAAUCGGAAAUUUUCCAGAGAUC